AAUAGCCACUUGAAAGAAACUCGGUCGGGUCGUCGGUCAUUGUCCGUCAUUGUCUAAGCACAAGCGGAAAAGCGGUUUUCCAUAACUGAGCUCAGCUGAGCUACGCCACUGCUUAAACCAGUGAUUCUUACAUCAUCGAAGUUUCCUGCUAGUCACAAUGCCAAAAUCCCCAGGGCAGAUUCCCCAGGUCAAUCGACAGAAGGGCAAGUUGCAGGAGUCCCUGAGAGGCGCGGUAGACCACGCCACGAGCUGCACGUGCGAGGCUGUCCUCCCGAAAGGGCUGGCGAUCAAACCCCACUGCGGAUGGUUCGACCUGAUCGAUUUUGAUCCCAGCGUGGAGGAGGAGAGCUUCCUCCAAGAGAAACCAGUCACGGACUGGACGCAGGUUGCACAUGGAAAAUCUGUUCAAGGGAAAACUGUUCUAUCGGAAUUCCGCGCCUUCGUCAGCGAUCAGAGAUUACUAGGCUUCUGGACAGGGCUGAUCAUCUGGCAGCGCGACAGCGACGGCUACGUCCACUGCCCCUUCCCCUGCUGCGACAUCCGUCUGCCGGGCGUUGGGGCCGUUCACACCAUGCUCCAGCGCCACUGGCGCUUCCAGCACGCCCGGCCCUACAUGUGCAACGUGUGCGGCUCCAGCUACGCCACGGAUGGCGCCCUCAAGGUUCACUACUUCCGCACGCGGCACAACGAGGAAGGGCAGAGCCGGGGCCGGAUCAAGCCCCUACGACGGCAGGGACUUUCGGUGCACCGCAGGGAGGCGAUCAAACGUUACAUUCUCAAAGCAGAGAGGCUUAUGGACGAGACUGGACAGUGACGAUUACAACAAAGCUACUCGUAAUAACAUGAAUAAGCAGGAAUUUGUAACAAUUUUUUUUUAAAUUAUGUUUUAUGUUUUCAUCUAUUCUGUGGACUCAGCUGUCACAAUUGUACCAUGACCUAACCCCCUCUGCUAAAUCCAGCAGAGUCCAACCGGAGUUUCCUGCUCAAUCCACUGUGCCUUAUUUUCAGUUGUCUGCUGAAUCCAACACAGUCCAACUUGUAGGCCAUCAGCCUGGGGGUUUGGCCAGUAUCAAAUCAGGGCAUAAAUGAGUAUAGUGAGCAUGCGCAAGGUACAUGUAUACCGUCCCUAGAGCAUGUAGAGUGGUAACAAACAUUUCGUCGGACAUUUUGAGAAAAAAAAGGGUGAUAACACCCAAAAAGCUGCCACCGCUGCAAUGCUAUCACAUAUUUUCCAACUCUGGAGGUGUAUACAUGUACCUUGCCAAAAUUCGCUAUGAGUGACAAUUAUUCCCCUCAUUUGAUACCGGUGGCCAAAAUUUUGGACCGAGGCUGAUGGCCUAUUGGCGUUAUAAUGCGGUUCAGUUGCCUGCUGAAUCCAACAUAUUGCGUCAGGAAUGUAAACAAGGGGUUUACCGGUACUGCUCAAUCCAACAGGCUCCAUUGGGUAUAUGAUAUACAUGUAGUUGGAUCCUGUUGGAUUCAGCAGGGUAAGGGCUAAAUUAUACUAUGUGACCUAUAUGUACUUAAACAAUCCAAAUAAUCCAUUGUAUAUGUUAUGCUCCAACUAUGGCAAUGGCCCCCAACUAUACAUGUAGUUGGGACUGCUCUAACCAGUCAUAACUUUGGUUGAGACAAUCCUAACCAUAGUAAGGACUGUCCCAACUGUAGUUAGGACAAUGAUACAGCUGGGGCGAAUCAUAUGCACUGAUUUGCACUUGGGAAUAAAUUGGUUUUUCAAAUGAAAGUGCAUCAACUUUUUAUAGCCUCAGAUUCACAAGACACGUUUUGAGUGCGAGCCAUCUUAGAGGUCUAUUCGAAUGGCACCCAUGUUUAUUUCAAGUGAUGUUCUGCAUUUUAACAUCUGAGGGCAUGACAAUGCAUGAAGUCUGUGGAAUGUUAUGUUUUAUUUUACAUGUACAGGGUGAGUAAAAAAAAGCGGAACCCAAACCCCAACAAUUCUAUUUCAUAUUUUAAAAAAUAUGUAGCACCAAA